AUGAAGGUCUGUGUUCGAAAACAUUCGCCAUGCACGUAUGAUUACACGCGCCAGGGGAAUCCCAAACGGGGUGGGGAAAUCACAUCCACUGCUGCUACCAGCGGGAAAGUCUUCCUUUUUAAUCUGUCCCCACACAAUGGCAUGGGACAAAAAAGCUUGUUUGAUACGUCAUUGGAAAACAAUCCUCCUCAUGAAACGCACAAUCGACAACACCUGCGACAGGAGCAGACAAAUCACACAUCAGUAGAGCAGUUACUACGCCUUGUCCUGCUAGAUUGGCUUAUAGAGCGACUGAUUUGUCAACUCAUCCUCCACGCACUCUCAGAAGUAAAAAAUCGCAUGAGGAACAUACUGCUCCAUUGGAUCAAAACGUAUGUACUGUGUCUUUGUAAGCUUCUUCACUUUGCGAACACCACAGAUAUACGCAAUCUACGUUUUGACCAUGACGAUGACGAAGACAGAAUUAUUCAUCCCACCUUAGAUGAACCUCCCCCCAUUUACAAAAAAAAACUGACCAGUGAAGAUUGUAGCAGUGGGGCAUGCAUCCCUCUCAGAGCGAAUAAAAUAACAGGAGACCAUAAAAAGUAUAAUCUCGUUCGACAAGAAAAAAAUCAUUCUUCCGGACUUAUUUGUUCACAACAAGCAGAAAUACGCAAACGAGAGAAAAUUAACCCCACUCGUCAUUUUUGGAUAAAGCGGAACGAGGAUACAAAUUUGGAAAAUUCUCUAACCGUUAUAAGUGCAUUUUUAAAAAAUAAGAUUAUGUCAUCGCAUUAUAAAAAUGUACAAAAUAGCGACCCACAUUUAUAUAUCCAUUGGAUGGUGCAGAAUAAAUGUCAUUUUAUUCAUAGAGCAAAAGGGAAAGGCUUGUUCUUAAAAGAGUUCCCAUCAUUAAGGGAUAUGUUACACAUAAUAAUUAUUCAUAAAAGGAAGUCUCUCGUUUUUUACCUAAUAGAUGGAGAGAUCUUCUUCUUCCUCUGUUACCUUUUGAAUACCUCUCUUGCUCAAGUGAAUGAUUCGAUUUUUUUAUUUUUUGAAAGUUAUCUACCUUUAGCAAAUGUGUAUACAACUAGACACGCCCAUGGUAUAUGUAGCUACAUAGCACAUACAUGGGAAGUCGGACUGUCCGCGUUGUUCUCUAAGUUGUGUUGUUUGCGGGAUGGUCAAGGAAGAAGCCAAGAUCCCUCUUCAGUAGAAACUAACAAUCAGGAGAAAAACGGAAAUCACGAAAAAAAUGAACGUGUAAAUAAUCCCAAUACGGUGAAGGAGAGAUACAAACGAGAUGGCGCAAAAUUACGAUUCACCAAAAGUAGCAUUAAUUACCCAUGUGAUGAACUCCAGGAGGAAUAUCCAAAGCACCCCGAUAGAACACAUAAGGUUAACAUAAACGCAUAUAAAAAAAAAAAAACUGCAGCAGUUGAAAAGUUGGUAGAUAAAACUAGUGCUAAGGAAACGUCUUCCACAAAUAGGGGCGAAGACAAAAUGCACAUGAGCCAAAAUAGGGAUAAACAGAAGAAUCCCCGUCGCACGUGCGGAAACCACGAGGGCAAUUACCAACAUGAGAAAAACGAAAAAGAAAACGAAAACGAUAAUGGCAACAAGGAGGAAAAUCACAGCAGGAGAAGCGGAAACAGAAAUGGUGAUAACCGCAGAAGUAGCAGCAACGGGGAUAGGCACAACAGCGAUGACAACAACAAUAAUGAUAGAAACGAUGAUGGAGUGGAGGAGGAUGACGAGGAUGAUAAUGAAAAGGAGGAAGAGGAUGAUGAAGAGGAAGAACAAGACGAUGAGGAUGGUAAGGGAAGUGGUCAGGGGGGGGAACGGGAGGCCGAGCCAUCUGACGUUAUCACUGAAGAGUGUGACGAAGAAAAGGGCGAGCACAAUGAUGCAAACGAUGCAUGUGGGAAGAAAAAAGGAAAAGAUAUCAAAUUGGAAGAGGAUGAUGUUAAAAAUGGUGCUACAGGUAUGCAGAGCGAUUCAAAUGCAGAAGACGGAAGCGGUAAUAAAGAACUGAGUGAAGGAGUCAAGGUCGACUCAGUGCAGGAAGGCAAGAACGUGUUAGAUUGUCACAGUAGUGCAGGGGAGGAUCGGUCUAAUAUCAACAUUGCGCAUACUUCCGCACGAAGGAGCAACGAAGUGGGGAGGUUAAAUAACAAGGAAAAACAAAAUAACAUCAAAAAGGACAUCAAUGAGGAAGAAAGUAACUCCGGAGAAGACCGCAGUGGUAGCAUACAAGCCAACAUCAGCAGCAAGUGCAGGGGCAAUGGUGUAGGUAGCGAUCAACGGAAUGACCAAACCGGGAAAGACGAAAAGGAUGAAAAAGACCUCCGAAUCAUGAACAACAUGCUGAAAAAUCUGUCGUUCAUGUCGUUCAACACGGGGUUGCUUGAAUACAAAAUAUGCGGUGUGUGCAUAUACCAGAACCCACCAUUUAUUUCCAACCGAUUGCUGCACAUUCCCUAUGCUUUAAAAAAAACCAAUGCAGACAUCAUAGCGUUGCAGGAAGUAUAUGAUGAGAAACACGUGGAGUAUUUAAAGAACCACCUGUCGGCCAAAUAUCCAUUCUGUGCGAGGGACAAUUAUUGUAGUGACGUCUUUAAGGAAAAAUUUGGCCAUGUGACUGUCGCACGGGAAGACGAAUUCGAUGAGAGCAAUCGCCAAGAUGGCAGAAACGGCUCAAGCAAAAAAACAUCUAACAGUUACGAAAAUGGCAAGCGAACCAGAACAAGCACCAACAACCCAAACGGAGGAAACAAAAAGGAAUCGCGUAACAAAAGAAAGAAAUAUUUUGCCCUCCACCACGGAUUACUCGUAUUUAGUAAGUACCCCAUUAUCUACUCCUUUUUUCACGGAUUCAAACACGUAACUUACCUGGAAUAUUUAUUCGGUACAAAAGGAUUCUUAGAAGUUGUCAUUGAUGUCCCUUUUUUUAGUUAUAUAACUUUGGUCAAUAUGCAUCUAGCUAGCGGUGCCGCAGACACAGAAUCUAAAUAUAUCGAACGGGUUCGUGAUUUCGAAAUUAAGCAAAUUAUGGAAAUAGCUAGAAAUGCUGAGAAAAGAAAUACCAUCCCAAUAAUUAUUGGAGAUCUGAAUGCUGCUCCCAAUUUGUGUCCAAAUAAUUAUUCCUCCUUCAUUAAAAGGGGUUGGAAAGACGCUUGGCUUUAUGCUAGGAAUGUCAAAAAGAAGAAAACAAAACAACUCAUAGCGAAGGCAUUACCACACCUACACAAAAAAAAGCCGCGUACAAGUUCUCCCACCAGUUCCAACUCGUUCAGUCAUUUAUUCCCCGGGGUUGAAAGCAAUCCCAAGAAUUUGGUCACGGAUGAGGCCAAACAGGACACCAAAAAGGUUCAAGGGGCAGGAAGAGAACAAAAUCACACUAGUCAUAAUGACCAAGAGGGGGACAAAAAUAAUCAUAAACAGAAUACAAUAAGCGGCAUCACCAAAAAGGAUAAUAUAUACAUUAACCAUUCGGUGAAUGCACAAAAAAGUAUCUACCUUGAGAGGCCACCCUUGCAUAAUAAAGUGGACACAAAAAAUGAUGAACUGGGUAGCAACAGUUCCUUGCGUGUUUUCCCCAGUUUUAACUGCUCGGAAAAUAACGACAGUAUAGUUUACUCCAAUUCAAGAAAAACACUCUCUAGCUUUUGCAAAAAUGUUGAAUCUUAUGAUGGCAUAUAUCAUAAUGAGGGGUGCACGAACGAAAGGAAGAAAUGGAAUGUGGAUGACAACUCCGUAGAAUGCCACCCAUCAGUUUGUUUAAAGUGCGCUAAUUUGAAGAAUCACGCAAGCGAAAUGGACAAAAUGAAUAGGGCACUAUAUAAACACAUGCAAUUUAGGAACGGCCUUCAAAGAAGGUACUCCGGAUCCGUUCCCCAUGUGAUCACUGCGUACAGGAGAUGUGUAGUGACGACAAUACCCUCUACACGGUUCCUCAUUCCUAGUAAGAAAGUAGCAAAAACAGUUUCAAAAAUGAUCUGGAGAAGAAAAGGAUAUAUUUUGCGCGCGAGUUACAUGAGACUAAAGCCUUAUCAUAGAAAAGGGCGCACAAAAGGAUGUCACCACAAGGAGCAUAUGCCCUGUGUCAAGCGAAUUCUUUCCAGUGGCAAAAAGCACACGCUUAUUGAAACAGUUUACAAUAUGAGCCCUUCACAAAGUGCCAACAUUCCUUACUGUAGAAUUAUCUCCAAUUCGAGCAGUGCCAAUCGCAAGGAUAACUCACCGAAUGUAAUUCCAGAUCGACAGGGAGAAACACACAUGCCCACUGAUGAAAUGCAUUAUAGGCAAAUGUCCCACCUGAGUAGUAAGGGAGAUGAUGUGGUAGAUCAUCAGGAAGGAGACCGCCAUCUGUUUGAAUGUGUCCUCCGCGUGAACAGUGCAGAAGAUGACCUUUUAGACCCCCCCAUGGGGCAGCAAAAUGACCCCAACUGCUGCGCAGAUAAGGGAGUUAAAGGGGUGAAAAAGGAAAAACAAAGCAAUAUAGAAAGUUGCUCCACCUGUGAUGUGUUCAAAAAGGACGACAAAAUCAGCAAUACCAUUGUAAACCCGACAUACCCUCUACGCAGCAAGAGCGAUGGAGAAAAUUUGAUGCUCCACAUGGAGGAAGACCAGGGGGAAUACCAGGCCACAACAGAUUUACACCACCAUUAUUACAGUGACCAAAAUAUAUUCUCCAGUGACAUGUCAAGUGAGAGCAACCACUCUUAUACGGAUCUGUAUGAUGAUGAGGACGAGGCCAACUGGUUCAGUGAUCGAAGUUCGAAUGCGUCAAGGAAUGACUUUCACGAAAUGACUGAAAUAAGUGUUCCAAUCGAGGCAGAGCCCAGCCGGGUGGUCAACUGCAUGACAGAACAGGCAUUCGCAAAUGGAGACACAAUGGGAAAGACAACAGAAACGAUAAAAAAAGAACUUCACACUUCGGAAAACAACCAACUGACUGAUAAAAAAUGCACAAAACGAGAAGACAAAAUUAUGACACACUGUGUACCACCUCCAGAAAUGCGAGAAGAAUGCAGUGGAGAUGAGAAGACUCCUCUCUUUCAUCCUAAAGACACUUCCCAGAUAAGUAUGUCGAAUGGGAAGGAUGAUGACACCUCGACCCAUUCUCAAAUGCACGGAGAAAAGGAUUCCACGAUGAAAGGGAUAAUCACUUUCCAUAAUAAUCAGUUAAAUGGGCAUAAGGAAAAAGUGCACCAUGUGGAUGAAAAUUGUGAAGACAAAUUGAAGACACCAAAUGUUUGUUGUGCUUUUUUGAAAGAGGAAUUAGCGGGGAGCGGAGAGACCCACGAGAAAGACGCGCUCAUGAGUGAUGUGGGUACAAGAAGGGACGACAAUGACUGGAAUGUGACUUAUCAUAUGAGCAAGAAUGGAGCAAAUAAAAACAGUUGCCAUGAUAAGAUGCAGAACCUACCAUACACUAGUACACACCCCGCUGAAGAAAACCCCCAUUUCAAUACGAACAAAAAGAAGAAAAAGAUUAGUAAGCUAUCCAAAAAAAUAAAACAAAUGAAAAAAAAAAUCUUUUAUAACAUUCUGAGGAAUUACGAGAGGCACCAUGAUGGCGGGGUUGAAGAGAGGACGCCCUUGAAGUGCAAGCAGGGCAAGUCACAAAAGACGAAGCACGAGAGAGAAGAGAGCAACUCACGUACUCCAGAAGACUUCAAGCGAAAGGCCAAAAAAAAUCAUCAUUGUAUUUGUUCCCUGAACGAAAGAGAGUGCACCGAGAAGGUGACCAACUGCAAAGGAGAGGCAACACCAGCCGAAGAUCACUCACCCAUAAGUGAUGUAGCCGAGUCGCUAAAAAAAGAAAUAACAAAUGAAAAAAGGAAAAAUAACAGCGACAAAUUCCUGCACUUGUCCAAAAAAUGGCACAAUAAUAGAACUCAAAAAGCGCUGAAAAAAGACAUUUUCUAUUUCAUUAAAAAGUUAAAAUUUAAAACGACAAACAAAUUAAAGCAGAAAUUUCGUACAUGUGCAAAAAAUGUAAUGGGCAGUUUAAGUGAAGAAAAGAAAUUUGUGCUAAAGGGGAAAUUACACAAAGGGGAACCUCAAGGGAUUCACAACAAAUGCCCCUUUGUCCAAAAUAAUUCGGACCCUCCAAGAUCCUUCAGUAGCGUAAAACUGGCAGAGGAUUUUAUGAAAAUGUGUGACUGUGCUCCGCUGUCAACAAAGGAAAGGAAGCAAAAGUGUAAAAAUUAUAAUCGUGGAAAGGCACCAACUAUGGAGGGUCCAGAAAAUUACCCAAAAAGAAAAAAAGAUUUCAUUUUUAGAAGAAGGAAAAAAGAGCAACAGGAUAGGCAUCACACAAUGGACAAUAUCAGUGAAGGAAGAGUCCCCUUCCAUGAUCACAAUUGCUUCAAUUCAAAUCGAAUUUCUUCUAAAAAUAAAAAAUGUACACAUGAAUGCAGUCGGGUAGAAGGCGGAGAACACAAACAGAAACAUUUGCACAACAAAAUGAACCUUAAUAUAAAAAAUAAAAACUUUUUUAAAAUUAGAAGCGAAGAAAACAUUUCUAGUGAUGAAUAUACAUGGGAUCCCCUAAACCCGCUCAAUGUCAUUGGCCCCCAUUCCAGGUGUAACGGACUGAGGUGCGAUUAUAUUUUCUUUCCCCCCAUCAGUUACAAUAAUGGAAAGGGUAGCAGGGGGCGAAAGAACAGCACAAAUGAAAAAGGGAAAGUUAGAAAAAAGGGAAACACAAGUGCAACAGAAAAGGAUGGGUCAUGUAAGAUGGGUGCGGUGAAGCCCCAGUCAAGUGUACACAUAAAUAAAAUGCGUGACGAUGAGCAACUUGCAAUGGGUCGGGGAAAAGCCACAAAGCGAUCGAACAUGUCAUUUGAUCCAGUUGGUUCCAAUUGCGAAAGUCAGAAGUGCUCCAAUUCUGUGUGGAACACGCAGAAUGACAUCUUCACCGAGACACGCAAUGGAAAGGACAGAAAGGAUGAUCACCAGGCAACGGAGGAGCGAUACGAAGAAACUCUCAAUCUAAGAAAAUAUAACGACCUAAAAAUUUUGAAGCACUACUAUAUUAAGAGUGCCAAGAUACUUUUUAACGAACCCUCCGUCAUGGUCCACACGUACAGGAAUUACAAAAACUUCAAUUGCUGUUACUCCUUUUGUAUGAAGAUAAAGAAUGUUCAUUUUGUGACAAUGUCUGACCAUUAUGCUAUUAAGAUAGAUUUGAGACUAAAAAAGAAUCACAAGUUUGUUCGGAACAGCUAG